AUGGAGGCUGAGGAAAGUGACCGAGAUGAACUGGUCAGAGGCGAGAGUGACCGGAGUGAGAGACUAGCCACAGUGACAAUAGUAGCCGGUCAGAGCGAGAGUGACCGAGGAGAGCUGGUUCAGGAGGCGAGCAGUGACCGAGGAGAGCUGGUCAGGAGCGACGAGAGUGACCGAGGAAGAGCUGGUCAGGAGGCGAGAGUGACCGAGGAGAGCUGGUCAGGGAAGGCGAGAGUGACCGAGGAGAGCUGGUCAGGAGGCGAGAGUGACCGAGGAGAGCUGCCAGGAGGCGAGAGUGACCGAGGAGAGCUGCUGGUCAGGAGGCAGAGUGACCGAGGAGAGCUGGCAGGAGGCGAGAGUGACCGAGGAGGAGCGAGCUGGUCAGGAGCGAGAGUGACCGAGGAGAAGCUGGUCAAGGGGGAGAGUGCCAGGAGAAGCUGGUCAGGAGGCGAGAAUGACGGGAGAGCUGGUCAGAGGCCGAGAGUGACCGAGGAGAAGUGGUCAGGAGGCCGAGUGAGUGAGGACCGAAGAGCUGGUCAGAGGCGAGAUGACCGAGAAAGCUGUCAGGAGGCGAGGGUGACCGAGAAGAGCGAGAGCCGAGACUGGUCAUGGAGGGAGAGUGACCUGAGGAGAGCUGGUCAGGAGGCGGAGAGUGACGAGAGAGCUGGUCAGGAGGCGGAGACAGUGACCGAGGAGAGGCUGGUCAGGAGCGCGAGAGUGGACCGAGGAGAGCUGGUCGAAGAGCGAUGUAACGAGGAGAGCUGGUCAGUGAGCGAGAGUGACCGAGGAGAGCUGGUCAGGAGGCGAGAAGAGCUGGUUGACCGAGGAGAGCUGGUCAGGAGGCGAGAGGUGACGAGAAGAGCUGGUCAGGAGGCGAGAGUGACCGAGGAGAGCUGGUCAGGAGGAGAAUUGACCGAGGAGAGCUGGUCAGGAGGCGAGAGUGACCGAGGAGAGCUGAGUCAGGAGGCGAGAGUGACCGAGGAGAGCUGGUCAGGAGGCGAGAUGACCGAGGAGAGCUGGUCAGGAGGCGAGAGUGACCGAGGAGAGCUGGUCAGGAGGCGAGAGUGA